AUGGAAAAGUAAGUGAAAAUUGAAGAAGGAGAGGUCGAUGCAUCCCCUUAAGUGAUUCAAUCUUAUAAAGAUGCUAUUUAAAAAGCAAUGGAAAUUGCCGUAGAUAAAAAUUUAGAAACAAUAUCAGGUGUUACUUAUGUAUUUGUUGACGUAAGUGGAUCAAUGUGCAGUAAAAUUAGCGGUGGAAAAAUUAUGGAUCAAUUAAUUAAUGCAAGGAUUGCGCUUUUGUUUUGGGACAUAUGAUAAGAACAAAAUGUGAAAAAUGCGAGUUUUAUUUGUUUUCCGCUCCUCUUUAUAGGGGUGAACCCUUCGUAAAGGUUGAUUUCAAUAAUGAUACUUUAUUAUAAGGAAUUUAAAGAUGUUAAAGUAAAAGUAAGGAAUUAAGUAGUGCUUGCGAAAUGGUUGGAUAAACCAUUAAUAAUGUAUUAUUAUAGGAUAAGAUCAAAGGUGAUAAUAUAGUGAUAUUAAGUGAUAUGAUGGUAACCAGAUGAUUUAAUGAAGAUGGAUUAAAUAUGGAAGAAGUUAUUUAAUAGUACCUCGACAGUGUGAAUUCCGAAGCAAAAUUCUUUUUUAUGGACAAUAAGUUAGUUUUGGCCAGAAUCUCAAAAGUAAAAACUGUUUCCUUAUUAAUGGGAUGAGUGACAAUGUAAUGAAAUACAUUGCUUAAGCAGGCAAAAUUAAUCAACUCGAUGAUGUUGUGGCCUUUAGUCAGGAGUUGAAAUCCAAAUAGCAAGUAGAAAACUAGAACAAUGACAAAGCUUAGAUAGACCAAGCUCAAUAAUUUGAAAUUGAGUGA